AUGAUUACUGACGGCAGUGAUGAAGUAGUCGAUCAAUUUUGGUUCGGUAUUGAUUUUGGAAAUUCCUUCAUCAAAGUUUCAGCCAAUGCUCCCGAAUGUCCAUUCGAUUCCAUUUCCGAAGAGAAAAUUAUUAAAUUGUCAAAUCAUUUCAAUUCCAGUAUCGUUUGUAUGAUGGAAUCGAACCUGACACGAUUUGAAUUAAUUGGCUAUGAUGAUAAAGCAGAUAAUGAAUUUAUUGAUUUUACAAUUAUUAAUAUUAAAAGAUUAAUUGAUAAUCUAUCGGAUGAAAAUCAAAUGAAUGAAAUUGAGAUAUUGGGAGUGGUACAGACUGAUAAUGAUGAUGAUAAGAGGUUUAUUACUCAAAUAGUAAUGGAGAAUGUGAAAUUGAGAUCGAGGGAUGAUUUGGAGAACUUGAACAAAUUAGCUCUGAUUAGGAUUAUGGAUAGAAAAACAAAUUCCUCAAUUGAAAUUCCACUUUUUACUGUUUUGUUAAAAUUGUUUGAAAAAUUGAGAAGGAAAAUAGUUCAAAACAAUGAUUCAAAACUACUUUUAUGUAAUAUUGCUACAAUUCCAGUAUUUUACAAUGAUUUACAAAAUAAUUUUGUUAAGGUUGCAUUUGAAAUGGCUGGAUUUAAGGUGGAAAGAACCAUUCGUGAAACGGUUGCUGCAGCAAGAGCAUACGAUUUUGAAAGCAAAACAGAAAGAGACAUGUUGGUUCUCGAUUGUGGAGCUACCAAGACUAUGCUCUCACUAUAUCAUGUAGAUGAAGGAGUUUAUGAACUAUUGGAAUUUAUUUCAGAUAGCAGUGUUUCAGGAAAUUCGAUAGAUGAAGCACUGGUUGACUAUUGUGAAUUGGAGUUUAAAAAGAAAACAAAAAAGAUACUUGACAAUCAGAACGCACGAAAAAGACUUCGUGAGGCAUGUAAGAUGGCUAAAGAGAAAUUAAAUAGUGAUAGCACACCUCUCAAUGUUUCAAUACAUGUUGAUUCAUUGAUGGAUGGAGUUGAUUUCUCUAUAAUACUAAGCAAACCAAAGUUUGAGCAAAUCAUUACACCAACAUUGUCAAAGAUAGCAUCCUUAUUGAAUUCCUUUUUAGAAUCUAGAACCAUCCAUUCUAUUAAUGAUUUGAUAUUAUGUGGGGCAAGCAGCCAAAUCUCAAAAUUUACAUCAGUAAUUAGAGAAUUUUUCAAAUCCAAUCAGCAGUUCGUGGUUCACGAUAGCAUUCCUCCAAAAACUAUCAAUGCAAGAGGUGCUGCUUCAUUCUGUGAACUAUUCAGAGUUGAACAAAGUUAUUGGGUUAAUGCAGUAUUAUCACUUAGUAUUGGGAUUGAACAUGAGAGGAAAAUGUUUAUUUUAGCAGAUAGAAAUACCUAUCUCCCAUUCCAAAAAUCAUUCAUUAUCGAAAAGAAGGUCAACCCUGCCACCAAUCAAUACCACUUUAAACUUUAUAUGGGUGAAAGAGCUAUACCGAGUAAUAAUUUAUUUAUGGGAGAGGUUUGCAUUCCUAAUAGUCAAUGUGAUAAUACCAAUAUCAAACAAUUCAAAUUAGAUGUAAUCAUAUCAGAAAAUGAAAUUCUCUUCCUCUCCAUUCAUGAUAACUUACAAGAGUAUCAUUUCCAAGCAGAUUGGACCCAUCUCACUCGAGAAUUAGUUGAGCAGAGUAUUCAAUUAGGUCACCUGGAUAAAUCAUCAUAA